AUGAAACAAACGACAUUAAAUUUUGGAGGAGCAACGGUAAAGCCAAUAAAACAAAAAAUUGACCCCAUUGUUCUUGAUAUACCAAAGGACUCAACAAAUCCCGAUUACUCAAAGAUAUACGAAGAUGUUGAACACUUUAAAGCCUGUUUAGAGCCUUCAUGGAGAGAAGCACUUAAAGACGAAUUUACAAAACCAUAUUUACCGCAGCUCCUUCAAAAAAUUAAGUCGCGUCCAAACCAAGUAUUUCCGCCAAAAGAAGACGUAUUGAAUGCAUUUAAAUACUGUCCAAUAAACAGUGUAAAGGUAGUUAUUAUAGGUCAAGAUCCGUAUAAAAACCAAGGAGAAGCUCAUGGUUUAUCAUUUUCAGUUCGAAAAGGAGUAAAUGUUCCACCAAGUCUUAAAAACAUAUACAAAGAGAUAAAGCGUACAUACCAAAAUGAUUUUAUCAUUCCAAAACAUGGAUAUCUCGAGAAUUGGGCAAGACAAGGAGUAUUACUUCUCAAUGCAACAUUAACACUUGACGAAGGCAUGUCUCGUAGUCAUGAAAAGUAUGGUUGGUCAAACUUUACAUCAGCCGCUCUUGCAGCUCUUAAUAAAAAUGUUCAACACGUUGUAUAUUUAGCUUGGGGUAACGAUGCAGCGAAACUUACCUCUCAUAUAGAUAGAGAAAGGAACUUGGUUCUGGUUGGUGGGCAUCCUUCUCCGUUAAAUAGAACAAAUCCGUUUUCUGGUUGUGAUCACUUCAGGAAAGCUAAUAAAUACCUUGUUGAGAAUGAAAGAACACCUAUCAAUUGGAAUGCUAUUAAUGAAUAA